AUGCUCUACUCCACCUUCCAGAAAUCCCAGAAGUUCUUGGCAAGCUCUCGACAAGUCCACAAAACUGCUGCCCACGCUCGCUGCCUUGCAGGACUCCCCAGCCUCACCCACCUGGCUGGGGCAGCGCAGCUCCCCGUGCCUGGUGCUCGGGGCUCAGCGCUGUCCCUGUCCCCUCGCCGUGUCCCCCGUGCAGUGGUGGCCCGCAGCGCUCCCGAGGAGCCCGUGACCGGCAGCUUCGCCUCGUUCAUCCAGGCGGCGCGGCCCGAGCACCUGUCCCAGACCGUGCGGCAGCGCAGCAAGAGGAUGAUCCUGGACAGCAUCGGCGUGGGGCUGGUGGGCAGCACCACCCCCGUGUUCGACAUCGCCCUGCGCUACUGCCGGGAGCUGUACUCCUCCGUGGCCGUGAGCUCGGUCUAUGGCAAGCCCGGCGUGAAGCUGUCCCCGACCCUGGCUGCCUUCACCAACGGCGUGGCGACUCAUUCCAUGGAUUUUGAUGACACGUGGCACCCUGCCACUCACCCCUCGGGGGCCGUGCUCCCAGCUCUCCUGGCAGCUUCCCAGAUGCUCCCUCCCAGCACCAAACCCAGCGGGCUGGAAUUCCUGCUGGCCUUCAACGUGGGCCUGGAGGUGCAAGGGAGGCUCAUGCACUUCUCCACCGAGGCUCACGACAUCCCCAAAAGGUUCCACCCUCCCUCGGUGGUGGGCACCCUGGGCAGUGCGGCAGCCGCGGCCAAGCUGCUGUCGCUCAGCUCUGCGCAGUGCUGCCACGCCCUGGGCAUCGCCGCGUCCCUCGCCGGCGCUCCUAUGGCCAACGCUGCCACCCAGGCCAAGCCUCUGCACGUGGGCAACGCCACCCGGCUGGGCUUGGAGGCCGCUCUGCUGGCGGCCCGAGGGAUGGAGGCCAAUCCUUUGAUCCUGGAUGAUAUUCCCGGCUGCUCGGGGUUCAGCGCCUUCUACACCAUCUACCACCCCAAACCGCUGUCCGCGCCCGGUGAGCACCAUGAGUUCCUGCUGGAGAAGCAGGACAUCGCCUUCAAGAGAUUCCCAGCCCACCUGGGCAUGCACUGGGUGGUGGAUGCUGCUUUGUCCGUCCGGAAUCUCUUCGUCAACUACGCGGGGUCAUUCUCGCCAUCGCUGAUCCGCAGCAUUGUGCUGAGGAUCCCGGUGUCCAAGUACAUCAACCGGCCUUUCCCCAGCUCAGAGCACCAGGCGAGGCACUCCUUCCAGUUCAACGCCUGUGCUGCCCUGCUGGACGGCGAGGUGGGGCUGGGCUCCUUUUCCGAGAGCAGCAUCCAGCGGCAGGAGCUCAGGGAGCUGCUGGACAAGGUGGUGGUAGAGCACCCUGAGGACAACGUGGCCAACUUUGACAAGAUGUACGGGGAGGUGGCCCUGCUCCUGCACAGCGGGGAUGUGCUGACAGGCAAAUGUGACACUUUCUAUGGCCACUGGAGGAAGCCCCUGAGCAAAGAGUCGCUCCUGAAGAAGUUUCGAUCCAACGCCUCCCACGUGCUUCCAGAAGAAAAAAUAGAAGCCAUCAUCACUCUGGUGGACAACCUGGAGAACCUGUCAGACAGCUCCCAGCUGGCCUGCAGCCUGUGAGGGGGCUUGGUGAGGAGCUUGUCCUGGUGAAACUGCCAUUCCUUUCUUCAUUGGUGCUUUCCUAUUGAUUCCCAAGGACAGGGAAGUUCCCACCCCUUCCAGCAGAUCAUUCCAAAGGAACCCAUGAGGCAGGAGGUGUGUCUGGGCCAGCACGUGGAGUAAACCCCAACUCCUGGUUGAUGCUGGCUGAGGAGCUGAAAGGCCAUCACAAGUAUCAAAAAAUUCCCAUGGAAAUCCCCGAGAAUCCUGGGGUAUCAUCAAGUUCUCCAGGAGAAAUGGUGCCCAUGCAUUUCUUACAUCUGGAUUCCAAGUUCUUCUGUGCAGGACACCGAGUCUGGGAAGAGGAGCAAGCUCAGCGGCAGAGCCUGUGCUUUUCUCAGGGGUACUCUGGGCACUUUUGGGAUCAGGGUCAGGCAGUCCCACGGGACACAGGAAAAAUCCAUCCUUGCUGUGAUCAGCCCUGCCUGCAGAACUCUCCAGCAGAGAGGGAUUCUCCUCCUUGCCAGUAAAAGCCUCACGUUUCUCCACCCCAUGGGCAGUGUUUACCAUUUCUCUGUGUACAAAGGAUGGUUUGAGGCCCCUUGAGAGCUGGAUGUGUUAUCUGAAGGGAAGAUGGUGGGUGAGGAAUCCUGCAUUAGUCCUCACACUGUGGGUGAUCCCUGCCCAUCCCAGGCUGGCCCACACCAUCCCUCCUGGCUUUCCCAGACUUUCCCAGGUGCCUGUUCCCAUCUGGCUCACCAGGUGGCCCAUGGUCUUCUCUGGGAGGUGACUUGGGCACCUACACUGUGACUGCCAUUGGGAAAUUCCCGUUUCCCUCCUGUGAGAGGAGGGGAAGCUCAAGGAGACUCUGCUCCUAACUCAUCUUUCCAGCUGGGAUGAAAUCUGUGCUCCUGAGCAGCCAUUCCCUGGAAGGCUCCUUCCCCUGCACCCCCCCAAGCGGUGAGAUGGAGACCUCAACAUUUCCCCACAUGGAACACUGAGAUGGAGAACUCAUUUCUCCUGAUGGAACACUGGGAUUGCUGAUCCAAAGACCUCCUUCCCAAUACGAUUGUGAUAAAAUCGUGGAAUCUGCUGUGGGAAUUAGGAUUCAAGAGGGAUAAGAUGGGAGCAGACAAGAAGGAAGAUCCUUUUCUCUUACUGGUCGUGGUUUGUGCAGGGAACGAACCA